AUGGCAACGCGGGGUCCGCGCCCGCCCGGAUUGGCCGGGCCGGCCGCGCGGGGCCUGCUGGGAGAGCACGUCCCCCGCCGCCGCUCCGCCGGUUUGAACUUGGCGGGCCCGAUGUGGGCGGCGGGGCGGUGGGGGGCUCCUCUGCCCCUUCCCGACACCCGGUUCCUGGGCCAGUGCAGGUCCAGGUUUCGGCCCUCCUCGGGCUCCUUCUCCGUCCUCAUGACGGGCGCCCCGGGGCAGGCGUUGGAGGCGGUGGAGGUGUGCUCGCUGUCGCCGCCGCUGAGCUGCAGCAAUUCCACCCUGUCGCUGUUGUCUCCCCUCGGCCACCGGAGCUUCCCGUUUGACGACGACGAUGGUGACGGGGACGAAGAGGAAGAUGUGGACGAAGAUGCUCAGGACUCAGAGGCUAAGGUGGAGAGCCUGAGAGGAAUGGAGUUACAGGGGUGCGCCAGUGCAUUUGAAUCCGAAGAUAACCAAGAAGAACAGAAACAGGUGCUCUUACCAGAAAGCAGCCUGACGCCAUGGGAAGUAUGGUUUGUUGGCAAAGAAAAAGUAGAACGUGACCGUCUGCAACAGAAGGCCCUGGAGGAAUUAAAUCAACAGCUAGAAAAAAAGAAAGAAGUGGAAGAACGUGAAAAGAGAAAAAUAAUUGCUGAAGAAAAGCACAAGGAAUGGGUUCAGAGGAAGAAUGAACAGAAAAGAAAAGAAAGGGAACAAAAAAUUAGUAAAGAAAUGGAGGAAAAAGCAGCAAAGGAACUGGAAAAAGAGCAUUUGCAAGAAAAAGCAAGGGAAAAAUAUCAAGAAUGGUUAAAGAAGAAAAAAGCUGAAGAAUGCGAGAAGAAGAAGAAAGAAAAGGAAAAAGAAAAACAACGGCAGGCUGAAUUACAGGAGAAAAAGGAAAUAGCAGAAAGAAAGUUUAAGGAAUGGUUGGAAAAUGCGAAAAAUAAACCUCGUCCAGCUGCAAAGAGCUAUGGUUAUGCCAAUGGAAAACUUACAGGUUUUUACAGUGGAAAUUCUUAUCCAGAACCAGCCUUUUAUAACCCAAUUCCAUGGAAACCAAUUCCUAUGCCUCCUCCCAAAGAAGCAAAGGCUCUGUCCGGGAAGAAGACUAAAAGGCCCGUGAUAAGCCAGCCACAGAGGUCUUCCUCACUGGUAACACAUAAAGACAGAAGCACCCUUUGCCUUGGAACUCUGUGCAGAAUACAGAGAUAGUAGGCGUGGGCAAUUCCAUGCUGUUACCUGGAGCUAUUUAAUUUUAAAAUCAGAAAUUAGUUUUUACUGCUUAGUCAGUAGCUCAACAUUUAAUUUGACUAUCGACAGGUUCAAAUUUUUGCACUUGUAUAGGGUUAACUGAGGAAGAUAUUUUAUACAUUUUUAUAAAUGCUUUAAGGUUGAUCUUGGCAUAUUGUUUUACAGGAUAAGUGACUGAAUCUCUAACAACUGUGUUUGCAUUUAGCGUGUAUUAAAACUACCCCUCUACUAUUAAUAAAACUAACAAUUUGUCAUGUGUUUUUUCAUACUAUAUGUUGUUUAUGUUUACGAACAUAGUAAGAUUAAAUCAUUCAAACAAGCAUUUCUGAACUACAUGCUGAGGAUAAUUCUUAGAAGAAUCUAAACGGAUUAGAAUCCCAGAAUAAUCAAAAACAGUCUCUGUUGAUGACUUUUGGUAUAUUUUUCCCUGUGUAAAUAUUUUGAAUCACUAACUGGAGGCAUGUUUGGUAACAGGGAAAUGAGGGUUGGGUUUUUGAGAGGAAAAUUUAAAAACAUUUUGGGCUCACAGUCUUAGAUUGAUAUGUAAUAAUCUUGAGAUACUAAUAAUAUUUUGCUGUACUUUGCACAAAUACUUACACAUUAUAAUUAGAUUGCUAAUUUUGAAAUUAGAAAUAUCAGUGCAUUCUUUUUAAUGUUUAAUUUUCAGUGACUUUUGAACUGAAGUUGAAAUCAAAAAGCUUAUUAAUAAAUAUAUGUUAAGAUAGUAGAUCAAAGGAUUACUAAAAUAGCACUCAGCACUUGUUAUUAAAUUUUAAAAGUCUGUAUCUUUUUUUAGGGGGCCAUCAAGAAAUGAAAAUUUGUUGUGGCAAUAUAAAGUCCUAUGAGUUCAUUUAAAAAUGAUUCCUAUUUAGAAUAUAUUCCAUGUUUCUGCGAGGUUAGUCUUCUGCCAAGCUUCUGGUGCUUAACCUAUGGUGGUGUUGAUCAACACUAGGAAACAGCAGCAGGAUCUCUGAAGGCUAUUCAUUUCACCAGAAGUCUCAGAAAAUUCACUUCUAAGCAGAGAAGAGUUUGGAAGCAGUCGGUUGGGUUUACUGGGUCAAAAUAUUGGUGAGAUUUAGAGGCCUACCAUCUUUCUCAGAACCUCUUAGAUACGGUGAAGCUGUCAGGUGAUCAUUCUACUUGAGCAAAUUCACUUAUACAGAGAGAAUGUAGAAUUUGCCAGGGUAGCAAUAAACUUGGGUAGAAAAAACUGUGUAUAUGGGCCUGUGUUCCUAGGGAUUUUAGAUAAACUUUUUAUAUCUAAAACAUCUUCAGUUUCACACAAUGGAUUAAGUCAUUUAGGCAGCUUUCAGCUGUAACCAUAAUGCUAAUUAGACAUUUCAUUCAAUCAGUAAUUAAUUAGUUUGACCAAUGUUAGUUAAACUUUUACUUUGUGACAGAUGUUAUGCAUAUUGAUUUAGGAAUUUGAAUGGUAUGUUUCUUUAAUUCAGAAACCAUUUACAGCCUUGCCAGGAAAACAUGUAAUAGAAUAAAAGCUAUUAUAAUACGCUAUACUUAACAUCAAGCUCAGAGUUCAUCUGGAAAGAUAAGAGAUAGUUCACCCUGAGAAGGGAUUAAGAAAGGCUACAAAGAGGAGGUGACAUUUGAGUUGGUGAGAGAUAAGCAGGGAUUUUCUAGUCGGUUACGAGGCUGCCCACACUCACGUGCACGUAGUGAGGAGUAGCUGAGAGAGAAGCAAGGGUCAGAGUGAAAAGGCUCUGUGUGCCGCAGAGUUUGGACUGCAUCCUGCUCGCUUGUGGUGCCCGUUUCUCUUCCUCAGUGAUGUUAUUUUUAAAAGAUUUUGACUACCAAACUUUAUUAUUUAAAUUCCAUUUUUGUUAAUCAAAGACUUCUUCAAACCAGUCAAUACACAUAUUACUGGGAGGUUAGUGUUUUUAACCUGAAUAAGUUUCUCUGAAAGUCAAGAUACUGGGUAUUAUAGGCAUUACAAACUAUAUUAACGACAUGUGAAAUUUCUAUUGAAGUGUAAAAAAUAUCUCUUUGACUUCUACUGCUCUAUUGGAACUGCUCUAAAAUAUCUAGAUUACCUGUAAUGUCAAAUCCAUCAUCUGCUAGAAAGAACACAGGUGUUACAGACCUGAGUGUUACAGACCUGAGUGUAUGUAUCCUGGCUUUAUGUCUACUGAUCUGGAAGGUGCCUCUGGUUUUUCAAUGUUCAAUACCUUAUCUAUAUUAGAAACUUAUCAUGAGUUAAAUAAUAAGUGGAAGUACCUAAAAAUGCAAGUUUGUUUCUUUUUUUGUAUAAUGAUAGUUCUGAUAAGAUGUACCAAUGUUUUUUCUUCAGUGAUAAUUGAUUUACAUAACUGACCUUGGAUAGCAUACUAACUUUUUUAAAAAUUCGCAUUCUUCUUUAUUAAAGUAUAGUCAGUUUACAGUAACAAAUCUUGACUGAUAGAUCACAAAUAAGUUAACUUGUCAGUGCUUGGGGUGGGUUUCAUUUACCCCUGUGAUAAAACAGCGUGAAUACUGUUGUUUUCUCUUUUUUUCAAAUUGAAUCAAUAAAUAUUUAUUGAAUACCUA